GAAAUUCAAACGAGGCGAACUUCGCGCACCUCCACCCCCCACCCCGCGGCGCGGCCGGCGGAGAGGUCAAGGUAGGAGGGCCAAUCGGAGCGGGCUGCGCUGGGCUCCCAGCCCCGGCCGGGCUCCUGGGGGCGGGGUCGAACCCGCAGCCUGCCAGCGUGAGCAGCCUCACUUCAAGAGCGCAGGGUCCAGCCGGCCAGGCCUAGGAUGGCUUCGGAACAGUGGUUCAUGGGGCCCCUGCCUCUGCCCUGCCCUGGCGAGACGCCGCCCACCGACGGCUCAGAAGCCGGGCCGCAGCCCUGCGGAGACCCCCGCUGGCUGAUGUCCCCCGGCAGGCCCGGGGACCCACUGGAGCCGCUGCUGGAGGCCCCCGCCUGCACGCCCUCCCCGGAGGAGCCCCUGGCCCCUGACCCUGGGCCAGUCCCGACUCGCUUACCCCUCGACACUAUGUUCAGCCCCAUCACUGAACAACUCCGCUACCUGCUCAGCAAGGCAGAUGACUUCCAGAGCUACCUGCUGUACAGCAGGGAUCGCGUCCAGACGGAGCAGCUGGCCAAGGCUAUGCCCACUUUCUUGCAAAUGUGCGAGCCCUACUUCCUGUACCUGGAGGCCGCAGCCAGAAGCGUGCCUCCCAUCCACGGAGCCCUCCAGGAACUGGUCCGGAAGGGACUGCUGGAAGUCUCCCAACAGCUGACCCUGCGCUUAGAACAGCUGGUCCUCAUGUAUGCUUCCUUUGGGUUGGUAGACAUGGAGGAGACGGACCCCUUAAGCAGUAUCUCCUCUUUCUUCUGCGGGAGGUUCUCCCUCAGCCCUACCCACGAGGUGUCCAUCUUCAGAUACUGCGCCCCGGCUGCCUACACGGCCACCCGCUUCCCCCGGUACCUCUACAAGAAGAUGCGCUGGAAUCUGGAGACCACCCUGGAGCCCAGUGGCCAGGGGCAGCACAGCCGUGUGGAUUACUACUUUCUGUGCUACCGAGACACGUGGGAAGACAGCGGCAAGACCCUGGCCAACUCGUGCCCGCAGAUCCAGAAGCUGUGGUCCAUCGGCCGAUGGGUGCCCCUGGGACCAGCCGAGGACGACUUGUAUUCAUGGAUUUUGUGCCCGCAGCCGCCUGGGGACUACCAGCAGCUGCUGACCAUCGGCUUCGAAGAGCCCUCGCACAUGCUGGCCACCGACCUACUGGUCCAGAUCCUCACGGGCCAGGCAGGCCCGGCCCGGCCCCCGAGCGCUGCGGGGCCCGCGGCUUGGGCCGCGCAGGGGUCUUGAGCCUGGGAUGGGGGCGGGAGAGGGCGAGAGCCGGGGCCGGACAACUGCAAACUCCAGGAGGCGGGCUCACUGGUUCUCCUGGCGCCGCCUGGCCUCGCCUUCCCCCCGGGCCAGGCCGCGCUGACCCGCCACACGGAGUCCGGCUCGGCCGCGGGGCCCUGAGGGCGGACGCACCGGUUUUGCAUUAAAUAAAAGAAAGAGGUCACAGUG